AUGGAGCCCGGUCACUCAAGUACCUACUAUCGAGUUUACAAUGAGACUCUCACCCGGGAGUAUAACUCAUCUGCUCUACCACUUUCCAGCCUGAUCCCGGCAGAGCGUCAGCAUUAUAAUAAAAGAGCGUACGAAUGCGCUGAGGUCAUAGCUAGAUCCCAAGCGCUCCUCGCAGAGUUGAAUGAAAAGAACGCCGCUCCAGGCAAGCCGACGACGGGCACUGCGUCGACCUUGUCGUCCCCGUCGGCUGCUACCACCGCCAGAGCACCCACCGAACAAGACCUGCGCAACCAGUUCCACUGGCAUCAACAGGACUACAACCGUAUGCAUCAGAACUGGCGGGAUCAAGACGCACGGCAGGACUGGAACAGAUGGAUAUCCCAACUCCGUCUUGCCCAAAUCGUUCCCGUCAAGGAUCCCUGGUCCUCUGAUCCAAUCGUAGCUCGACAACAGACUGUCCCCUACCAGGAACAAGGGCCUUCGUAG